CACGCGAAGUUGGCUGCGAUGCAGCGCAAGUGCAAAGCUGCUAUCAGCUCGAUACCAGUGUGCAUUUUUAUCGAUACAAAAACGGCAUCGAAAUGCGGCAGUUGCUUUGUUUUCGUUCGACCUGCUGGGGAUAAUGGCUAAGGACAAGGAGUUUGCUGGAGCGACCACUCCACUCAUCAUAGAUCAUGACUGGUCAACAGAAGAGGAAGUACAGCUUUUUCAUGCAAUGGAGGGUCUGCGCCCAUUCGGCAUAAACAAGCACUUUUAUAUGUCGUGCAUAUCAGAGCGCCUCUCAAAAAGUUUAAAUCGCGAUAUGCCCAGCACACUCAUCUGGCGCCAACUUGGCAAAAUGUACAAGCUCAAGGAGCUAGAUGAUCUCGAGACUUUGCCUUUUCCCAAUGAAGAACGCGAGUUCUUUUUACCAGAGCACGAGUACGCGACUCUUCUAAUGAAAAAGACGGCCGGUGCAAGUGCUGCCGAGGACACAAAGGAUAUGACACCGACAUCCGAAGCAAUAACCGUUAGUUUAACGGCAGACAGUAAUGGCAAAGUGCCUUCAAAACAGACAGUGUUGCAAUCGAACCAAAGCAAAGAUCUCGAAAAGAAGGUAUCGGUCAAGUUGGAGUUGCCAAAGCGAUCAGCUAAGCGGACGCGUGGUUCCAUUUCGAACGAAUCUAUCAGUCCAUCAACGACCCCACCACCAGUGCAAACCAACAAACGUCGGCGAAUCUAAAAUACACGCCAAAUUUUUAUUACGAGCUCUCAAGAUUUAUUAGCUUUAACUCCAGCUGUCGCCAUACACACAACCAACAAAUCCAUUGACUGCAAAAUACAUAUAUAAAAUGUA